AUGAAGAUGUUUGCCAUCUGUGCUCAUUUUCUCCUAGUGGUGAUUGCAGUUGGAGGCGAUACUCUUUCAUUUGCCACUAUCACUGGAGCUUUUCCCAGCGAUGAGAGGUAUAGCACACCAUAUAAACCAGGCUAUAGCAAUCAUCUACCGCAGAAUAGGCAGUCACCACCUGUCCAUAAACACCCACCAUCUCACAAGCAAGCUCCGCCUUCUCAUGUCCAUCCACAACUUACCCAAUACUCACCACCUUCCAAUGGAUAUUCACCAGCUACCUUAAUGCCACCCUCUCGUGGAUGUCCUCCACUCUCACACAGACAUCCACCACCUACCCAAAUGCCACCUUCUCCACCCUAUGGACAUCCGCUACCUUCAUACGUAUCCUCCACCCUUAUAUGGAUAUCCACCACCCUUUCUUGGGUAUCCACCACCUACUAA